GCUAGUGUCUCCUGAUAAAAUGAUUGGAUUCAUAAUAACGUUAUUUUUCAUUACAUUACUUGUGGUACAUUUGUUUAAAAAUGCAUUUAAGAGGCCCUCGGAAAAUUUCCCACCAGGACCUCCCAGUUUACCUAUUUAUGGAGCCUACUGGAUCGUAUUGCUGCGUGAGAUAGACAAUUUAGGAGGAUCGUUUAGGAAGCUCGCUAAAGACUACAAAACGAAAGUUCUAGGACUGUAUCUUGGAAACGUACCAACGAUUGUUGUUGAUGAUCCGACAUUGAUUAAACAAGGUCUUUACAACGAAGCCUUCGAUGGCCGCAUGGAUUUAAUACUUAGCCGCUUGAGAUCGUAUUGGAAAAGACUUGGUAUUUUCUUCACUGAUGGAUACUUCUGGCAUGUCCAGAGACGAUUCUCACUAAGGUACUUGAGAGACUACGGUUUUGGAAGGAGAGAUAAUAGACUCGAGGCCGUAUUAGCUCAUGAGAUUCAAGAAAUGAUCGAUAUGGCGCGCAACGGACCGAAAUAUUUUGGCGAAAAGGAAAUCGUAAAAGGAGAUCUCAUAUAUCUUCAAGACUUCUUUGCUGUACCUUUCAUCAAUGGUCUCUUGCAUAUUUUCAAUGGCACGAUUGUACCGAGACCUGAAUACCACACCUUAUGGAAAUUGGCUCGCAAAACCUUACUGUUUCAACGAGGCUCAAAUGAUUUAGGUGGUGCCUUAUCCCUGACUCCUUGGCUUAAAGACAUAAUGCCUAAUUACAGCGGAUUUGCGGGCCUUUGGGAAGGAAGUCAUUACAUGUUAAAUUAUUUUCACGAUCUCAUAAAAAAUAUAUCCAAAACUCAAGAUGAUACGCACGAUCGUAAUUUUAUAGAUAUUUAUUUACGGAAAAUUAAAGAGGAACAGAAAACUGGUAAACGCACGACGUUUUCAGAGCAUCAACUAGAACUAACUCUUACGGAUUACGCUUUCCCAGCCGCGACCGCUACACAAUCGGUUUUGACAUUAUUGUUAGAAAGAAUCCUCCUCGAUCCACAGAUUCAAGAUAAAAUACACGAAGAGAUCGAUCGAGUAGUGGGACGUGAUCGCCUUCCAACUCUAGAUGACAGGCAAAACAUGCCUUAUACAGAAGCUUGCAUUCGAGAAAUAAUGAGGUACGAGACAUUAGUUCCAAUGGGAGUACCGCACCGUGCUAUGAAAGACACGAAAAUAGAUGGCUAUGACAUCCCCGAGAAUACAGCUGUGUUUUUCAAUUACUUAAGUCUACACCACGACAGGGAGAUAUGGGGAGACCCUGAGAACUUUAGACCAGAACGUUUUAUAGAAAACGGAAUGUUACAGCUAUCUAAAGACAAAUCUCUACCUUUUGGUGCCGGUAAAAGGCUCUGCGCUGGUGAAACUUACGCCCGGCAGACGAUGUUCCAAACGUUCGCGGCAUUCAUGCAAGCGUUCACAAUCUCCACAGCUGAUGGCAAACCUCUUAAGAAACCUUUUCGAAAAAUUCAAGGCAUUAUUACUACAGUACCUGAGUUCUGGCUGAGAGUUACUCCUAGAUAUUAAAAUAGAGCAGGGUUACGAGGCAGGAUCCUUUAUGGGAGUAUACCCGUAAAAAAUUUUGAUAUGCCCAAACGACGAUUAAAGUGUUACUUUUUUUAUUUUACUUCAAAAAAGGACGGGACUCUCAAUACGGCUGUAUUCAUUUUACGUGUGUCUUACCUCAGAACUUUUUAUUAGGUGGACCGAUUUCGAUCUUUUUUUAAACGAAAAUUGAAGUUUGUCGUGUGCUUUCAUUUAAAUUUUUUAACAUUUUUUUCGUCUAUCUAAGUUGUAUGCUAGCUGGUCACUGUAGUUGAAGUCGUUUAAUUUUUCGUUUGCGAAUUAACACAAUUAUAAUGAAACCAUUGGUGAAAGUUACUUAGAAAAUGCAAUAAAACAAUCUUAAUAACAAAAUGUCUUGAUUAUAUCAUUGACAUUUUGGUCACAUUUGGUGGUUGGUUUUGAACUAUUCAAGAACAUUAAAUGCCACUCUAUUACUACUACACAGAUAAAAAUAUUUAUCAUAUAUUGUUUUCUAAUGUUUACGUGAAUAUAAUUCAUUAUAAUG